UUCCGCGCGAAUUAAUAUCGGGGACACAAAAAAUGCAGUUGCUUUUCUCCAGUCCCGCUUAAGUCAGUUUUCAUGAUAAUUAGUAUUCAGUGCCGUUUAUGUUCAUUACUUCGAUUGUUACGAUAGAAAGUUUUGCCAAAAGUUCUGCAAACAAAUACCGCUUCUCGAAAUGUGCUGCUGUUGUUGUGUAAAAAUAUCAUUGAACCUUCUCCAGCGCAUCAGCAAUGACAUAACGGAGCUUGUUUACUGCCAAAGAUGGUGGCCCCGACCGCCGUUCGACAUUCAGAGCUCGGUUGCGCAAAGUUGCGCCAGCCUCCGAUCAACUUCGGUCGGCGGCAAUGAAGAUCAAUACCAAUGCCACCGGCUACCGCACGACACCGACAACGACCCACAGCAGCAGAAGCCGUCCGAUGGCUCAACAGAUGUUGCUGACGGAAAGGGCACUGACCUGAUGCCGUCUGGAGUGUACAACGUGAUUUACGAUACUGUGGAGAUAGAGUCCUAUUAUUAUAAUGUAGAUCGUUUGCAGAGUGAGCAAAUGCUCAAAGGACAUCGUGUAGGAUCGUGUUUGGUGAGGCCGUUCAAGCUCAAGCACGCCCGAAUUCGGUACAUCCUUACCAUUCACGUAGCCGGGAGCUACUUUCACUUGUUCAUCCGCCGAACCGGUUUCAACAGCACGUACGCGCUGGGACUGCAGAAGCCAAGGGAGCGAUACUUUAAAUUUCCUGCCGAUAUUAUUCAAUUUUACUCCACCCAUCUGCUGGAAUGUUCCAACGAUACAAUGAAAAUUAGGCUAUAUUUAGUACCGCUCGUAAAGGUAGAAUCAAUCGCAUCGCCCAAGACAGAGGAGAAGAAUUCGGAAACGAAUAACUUUAUUGCGUAAAAUUCCCUAU